AUGGUUCCACAAAAGAAGAUCUCCCAACGUUUCAUCAAGCGGACAAGCACUGGCCUGGCUCCUGGGCCCGGUGACGGCUCUGCUUCACCCCCGUCCAACGCGCCAUCCCAGCAACCUCCGCCGGCCACUGGGUCUGGAGGUAACUACAGUUCUGGCCAGCCUGCUCUAAGUAUUCCUGCUGUUGGAGGAUCUUCGGGUCAAGGUAGUGGGAGUCAAAGGCAUGUUCAUGUCGAUGAGCACUUCAACCAAUGUCCUAGGGACUUUGCCGACGGCUGA